AAACACAACAUAAUGCGUUACUUACAUGCUGUGUGAUUAAAAACAUUAACUUUAUCGUGUAGGAGAGGAGGAGGAGGCUAGAAAAGAAGAGGGACUCUUCUUUCUCUCCUACCUUCUUAUUACUCAGCUGCAGAAUUUGGAAGCUCUCCAUUUUAAGACAGAUAGACGGAUCGGUAUCUCCGACGACAUACACGAUUAGGCCUGCGGACUUUCCGUUACUCUGUUUCUUUCCACAUGCUUAGGCAUACACAGUAAUGCUGGCAGAAUGGGAAAGAAAGGAGGUUGGUUUUCUGCAAUUAAAAGAGUUUUCGUAUCACAUUCCAAGGAGAAGCUAAAUAAUUCGUUUCAGGAAUCCGAUAAAAAAGAUGGUAAAGGAAAGAAGAAGAAAGGUCAUGGAAAGUACCAGCAUGGAGAGACCAAUUCCUUCAUUCCCCUCUUCAGAGAGCCGAGCAGUAUCGAGAAAAUUCUGGGGGAGGCUGAAGGAGAUCAUAAACUAAUUUUCCGGCCUCCGACACCUCCGGAGCAGCAAAGAACACCGCCUUUUGUGCCUCCUAGAGUUGCUUCUCCUCGGGUUCGCUCUCAGAGGAUUGCAUCCCCGAGGGCUUCUUCUCAGAGGAUUGCAUCCCCUCCUCGAGCCUUUUCUCAUAGGGCGGCUUCUCCACUUCCGCCUCCGCCUGGGCGAGCUGCCUCUCCGAGAGCCGCUUCUCCGAGGAUUGUUCGUCCACGACCUGAACCAACUUUAAGGAACCAUCAUGCUUCAGCUACGAAGAUUCAAGCAGCCUUUAGAGGUUACAUGGCAAGGAGAAAUUUUAGAGCUUUGAAAGGCCUAGUGAGGCUUCAAGGAGUUGUGAGAGGCCACAAUGCGAAACGUCAAACUAUAACUGCCAUGAAGUAUAUGCAGCUUUUGGUUCGAGUUCAAUCUCAGAUUCAUUCGCGCAGGAUCCAGAUGUUAGAAAACCAAGCAUGGAGGCAAGCUCAGUUUAAGAACGAUAAAGGAGCAGAGAGUGCCUACGGCAGAUGGACCUUCAACCAGGCAUCUGAGGCAGGUAACGAGAACUGGGAUGAUAGCGUGCUAUCGAAGGAAGAAAUAGAGGCAAGAAUGCAGAGAAAGGUGGAAGCAGUCAUCAAGAGAGAAAAGGCCAUGGCCUAUGCAUAUUCCCACCAGCUAUGGAAAGAUACAACAAAAUCACCUUAUACAGGUUUAUCGGACAUUCGGUCUGCCGGAUUCCCAUGGUGGUGGAACUGGUUAGAACGUCAAGUAUCACCUGCCUAUGCACCCGAAAACCAAGCCCUGAAGACCUUCCAACUUACACCAUCAAGGCCAAACUCCGAAUUGAAGCCUAGUUCAAGGCCCCAGUCUAGCAGCAAGCAACAAGUACAACAGUUCACAUUUGACAAUAUCAUAGACAUCCCUACACCGAAAUCCACAAGGUCCACCAUUAUCCCAGCAACAAGGCCUAUGCAAACUCCACCACCUCCUAGUAGACUCACACUCACCCCACAAGCAACCAGCUCGGGUUUGUCGAACUCAAAACAUUCAAGGCCGAGAGGUAGUAUCGGAGUCAAUUCACCAAUGAACUUUCCAGCCAAAGACGAUGACAGCCUGACAAGCUGCCCUCCAUUUUCAGUUCCAAGCUACAUGGCUCCUACAGUUUCAGCGAAAGCCAAAGUGAGAGCCAAUAGUAACCCGAAAGAGAGGUUCAUGGCGACACCGGGGAGUGAGUCGAAGAGGAGGCUUUCGUUCCCGUUAACACAAGGGAUCGGAUCAUUUAAAUGGGGCAAAGGGUCAUUGUUUUCAGGCAAGGAUUCGAGAUCUCAAAGGGGCUUAGAUAAGCAUCAAUCACUUCAAUCUUUGGGCAAUUUGAGUGUGGAUUCAACUGUGUCAAUGCCUGCUACUGUUGGAAGAAAGCCGUUUAAUAGAUUUGUGUGAUUCAUUUACCCUUUUCAUUAUUUCUUCGAAUGUUGGUUUUUUUUUAAAAUUGAGUGAAUGGUGAU